CCCACUCCAGCACUGUCUUCCUCAAACUUCAGUGGGACAGAGAGCCUGCGAUCCGUGCAGUUAUUAUUCCACACAAUGUGAAGAUCAUGGCUGAAACAAGGUCUGAUUGGGUGGAGAUUGUGGAGCCCCGCUCCAGGGAGCGCAUGUAUGUCAACCUACUGACUGGCGAGUGCGGGUGGGAACCGCCACCCGCCGCCCCUGUCCGCCAGUCGGACGGCAACCAGUGGUGGGAGCUUUUCGACAGUAAUAACAAUCGGUUCUACUACUACAACUGUACGAGCCAACAGACGGUCUGGCACAGACCUCAAGACUGUGACAUAGUGCCACUAGCCCAACUCCAAGCCAUGAAGAGAAGUUCAGAGGCCGAGCUCAGGGCUCAAGGAAGGCUCCAGAGGGGACUCGUAGACGGCAAGCGGACCCCCUUGCCUGGAAUGGUUUCACCCACACAGGAGCUGGAGAGUGGGAGGGAGACACCAUCCUCUGGGGGGAAAGGAGACAGCCUGGAGAAAAGGAGCCAAGGAAAUAGGGAAGCUGCUCAAAGAUGGCAGCCUGCUCCGGGAUCCAAGGCAGCCAUGUUGGUGAAAGUGAACAGCAUUGGUAGAAACCAGCCUCUGGGUUCUGCUAGCACCCACCAUCUCCUCCACCUUAACCCCACCAGCACUUGCACUGGUACAACUUCACCCAAGCCAGGUUAUACUCCCCAACCCGACAGAACCUGUCUACUCAGCAAAAUGUCCGUCCCUGGAGACUCCAAGCAGUACCAUCUCAAAAAGUCAGAUAGUGCCAAUUUCUGUUUGGUUCUGACCACUUCUAGCUCUUCCUCUAACCCUGCCCCCCCACACUCUGGAGCCUGUACACCCUGUCCCUCCUCCCCACAGUACGGAGCCACACCCUCAGCACCCAUCUACGAUGAACCCCCACCCAUGGACCCACCCAUUUACGAUGAACCCCCAGUGGAAAUGGAAGUGGAGGGGUUGCACCACUUAAAGCGAGGUCCCUACCCUACCAAUCACAGCUUAACGCGAGGAACCCAACCUCCUAAACUUCUCCAGUACCCCCUCUCCAAGCACAUGUGCAGCUUUUCUGCUAGUGAGUACAGUCCAGCUGGCCGAGAGUGCAUCAAGCACAUGGUGUAUGUGGAUGUAGCUGCGUCAAAACACCAGUCCUCUAAUUCCAGUGAGGGUGCUUCAAACCCAGCCAGUCCUCAAAUCCAGCCCCAGUCCCCAGUCCCUGCCCAGAUUAAGAAGGAGGUCUCUCUAGAGAAGAAGCAGUCAUGGAAAUUGUUGGAGCCUCGCCACAGCCAUCAAAGCAGCAUGGCCUCCCAAGAGUACCCAGGCCCUGCUGCCGUCACCUACCAGGACUCGGGCUACUCCACUGGGCCGUCCCCGAGCCUGCGAAGAAAGAACCGGUGUCGUGCAGCUCUGGGUGUAGGGUCGGGGCGGCCCGGCUCUGUGGGCAGCAGUGGGGAGUUAAGUGCACUGAACGAGAAGCUGAUGGCAGAAAUGAGGGCAGUGGUGAACCGUUCAAACGUGCUUCAUGGAAGCAAGGCCAGUCUGGACACUGAGAUGGGCUCGGAGGCUUCUGGGAGUACCGCCCGCUCUCCUGUCAGUUCAUUGAAAAUAGGUGCAAGAGGUGGUGGAAUGCUGGGAUCGAGGGAGGAUGUGACAUCAAGUAAUCGUUCACUGUAUAGGUGUGGGGGUAACAACCAUGGUGACGUGGUGCUGUCGCCACUGGUGACAGAUGGCCUGGGAGGCAGGAAGAAGAGGACAUUUGAGAGAGUGGAUUCGAAGGAAAAGAGCAGAACAUCACAGACCAGUUUGUCCUCUCCAGAACCACCCAGGUCAUCAUCACAGACAGGAACACUGGAAUCCAAAACUCAGCAGGAUGUUUCGCCCCAAGACUGUGACCAUGACAGAGUGGGCCGUGGAACCGCCCACAUCACCCAUAAAAACAACAACAACCCCCCUCCCUCCCAUACCAGCACAGGUUCCAUUUACCAGUACCCAUACACCACCCUCUGCAAGCCUCCACCCAAUGCCAGCAUGGAAGAUUGGGCCAGCAAAAACCUCAACCAGCACACGCAAGGCCUGUUCCGCCGACGAGUCUCCAUCGCUAAUAUGCUAUCGUGGAACCGCGGCUCCAUUAAGAAACCCAUGUUGAUCACCAGUGACCGGGCCGUCAAGAAGGAAGCCUGCGAGAUGUUUAAGCUGGUCCAGGCCUACAUGGGAGACAGGCCGGCCAGGCUGGACAAACGGCAUGCGGCCCUUCAGGUGGUGACAAAGUGUUGGGGAAUGCAGGGCUUGAGGGACGAGCUGUACGUGCAGUUGGUGCGGCAGACCACCGAUAACUUGAGUUUGAGGAGUCUGGAGGCCGGUUGGGAGCUGAUGGCCAUCAGCCUAGCGUUCUUCUCACCCUCGCCCAAAUUUAGAUGCUACUUGGAAGGCUACAUACAGAGACAUCUUGAACCUAAUAACGAUAAAAAGAUACUUCAGCAUAUCAUGGAACAACAGGACAUAAAAAACAAGAAGAAUUCAAAGUCCAGGAAGAAGAGGAAACAGAACAAUGAGGAAGAGGAGGAGCAGGGUCUUCCCAUCAGCACUUACGCUAAGUAUUGCUACCGUAAGCUGCAGAAAGUGGCCAUUACUGGGGGCAAAAAGGGUCUGAGAAAUCCCACUCUGGAGGAGAUUGAUCAUGGACGGAAUGUCAUUGUGACGCCGUCUCUGUUCGGCAGCGCUCUGGAGGAGAUCAUGGAGAGACAGAGUGAGCUUUUCCCAGAGAGAAAACUGCCCUGGGUGCAAGUGGAGCUCUCGCAAUACGUACUGGCCCUAGAUGGAGCCCAAACAGAGGGCAUUUUCAGAGUACCGGGGGACAUUGAUGAGGUGAAUGCUCUCAAGCUACAGGUGGACCUGUGGAAUAUUCCAGAAAACCUCUCUGAUCCCAACAUCCCAGCAUCUCUGUUGAAGUUGUGGUACAGGGAGCUUGAGGAACCGGUAAUUCCUCAGAGUUUCUAUAAGCAGUGUAUCAGUCACUAUGAAGAUCCUGAUGCUGCCAUCAGUGUGGUUCAGUCGCUGCCAGAGUUCAACAGACUAGUGCUCUGCUAUUUCAUCAACUUUUUACAGGUCUUUGCCCAGCCAGUGAAUGUGAGUAGGACUAAGAUGGAUGUGAAUAAUUUGGCGAUGGUCAUGGCUCCGAACUGCCUCCGCUGUCAGUCAGAUGAUCCUCGAAUCAUAUUUGAAAACACACGGAAAGAGAUGUCCUUCCUCCGUAUACUUAUUGUCCACCUGGACACCAGCUUCAUCAAGGGCUUAAUCUGACUCCUCAGACUUGAAUCCUCUGCUAGAACUGUGGAAUGAAUCAUUCAGGAGAUGAUUCGAAUCAGGGCAUUCUUCUACUAAGAGAAUCAUUCACAUCUUCAAGCAUCACAAUAUUAGUUCCAAUGACUUCUGGAAUACACCUUAAAUCUGGACUUUGCUCAGUGUGUGAUCAUCCUAAAUGUAAUCUUCAUUAAAAACAAAUGUCUCUCUUUUUGGAGAGUGUAUGAACUGAAUCAAAACACUGAAUUUGAUUCCAUGUUGCAGAGAUCAAAGACAGGCUUUGAAACAAAAACAAAAAUGCAUAACCUUUGUCUUUGGUUUGUCAUUUUUUUUCUGUCUUUUAUAUUAAUUAGAUGGGAAAUACAUCCUAUGGACAAUCAUAAUCUAUUCCUCUCUUUCCCAAUACCAUACAUGCAAUAUGAUCUGCAGUGUAUUUCCUUAAUUUAAUAUGGUAUGAGUGUUCUAAUUAUUUAAU